AUGCUUCUUUAAUUACAAAGGAGAUUGCCUUUUGAAACUUUUUAGACUUAUACUCUUAGAGAUGCUCAUUUUGGGAAAGGAUCAGUCUCGAUUUGGUGUGUUUGCGUUCCAGAUAGCAGGGCUUGGCUGAACCUGAUUGAUCGCCCUCUCUUGUGAGAGAAAGACUCUGGGGCUGGAUUGGAUUAAAAUGGAGUAUCAGCUUUUUUCUUCCCUGAUGUGUAGGGUUCACUACUAAAGGUGGAUUGGAAAACGGUCUGUGUUCAGUGCUAUCCAAUGGAACUUUCAGGAGAAUGAGAACGUUCUGCAUAUUUGCUGUCCAGUAGGGUGACCACUAGCAUGUGGGGCUAUUGAGUACUUGAGAUGUGGCUAGCUGAGCUGAGGAAAUGAAUUUUGGAUUUUAUUUACGUAAUUUAAGUUUAAAUAGGCACAUGUGGAUAUGGCUACCCUGUUGAGCUGUGCUAGCUUAGCCCCUAGAUCAUCACAAACGUAAGUGUCUAUGUGACUAGCCUGAAGACCUGUUAAACUGCAGAUCCUUUCUCAGUAGGUCUGGGGUGGGGCCUGAGAUUCUGCUCCUAGGUGAUGCUGCUGCAGCUGUCUGCAGACCAUACUUUGAAUAGCAAGGCUUUAGAAAGACAAGGGGUGUCCUACUCUCCGUCUUCAAUUCAGCUGAAUUUCCAACCAGUCCCUGGUGAGGCAGCUAGAUUACAGGAUUGGGAGUGGGGGUUUCAUCCUAAUGAAUUUCCUCGCAUAAGAGCAGGAGCUAGAGAAAGGGUCUCGUUUGAGGGCAGCUCUGAAAAAAGGUUUUCUUCCCAACUCAGUGACAAAAUGACCCCAGCCAUUAGUACAUAGUAUGUAGCCUUCAGUUACUUUAUCCUUUUCCACAGUGAGGAGCAAGUUAGUAGGCAGAGAGAGAGACUAAGUGGUAUUCCAGCACUGUAGAAUACCUAAAAUGUUAGAACUGGGAGUGUUUUUAAGGAUCGUCCAGGCCAGAGAUGCUGAAGCUGUGGUUUGCAGAUGACUCAGGUGUGCUGAAAUCAGGGUUUUGGUGAGGCUUAGGGAUGGGCUUCAGGUUAUCUGUUGCAUACAUUACUUUGUAAUGGAGAAAAGCUAUACAUCUAAAGAUUUGUUUUAUAGGGUCAUAAAACGUGUAUAAAUGUCAGAAUGUCCACUGUAUGGAAACAGUUAUGUAAGAGUGAUUCUAACACAGAAGAGUCUAGCUAUCUCUUAUAGUUGUUUAAUGUGUUGCAUUUAAACACCUUUUAUUUACAGCACUUAAUUUGAUUAAUUAACUAAAAAUUUAUUGAGUGCCUUCUCUAUCCAUAGCAUUGAUCUUUCAUUGUACGCAGGAGAUACAAGGAGGUACACUGUAGUCUCUAUUGUGAAGGACAGUUUAAUUGGCAGAUGGGACUUGAGUAUAGAAAUCAUACAUAAAUUAGUAAACAUAAAAUGUACUGCUUUAAAAAGUAAAAUUAAAACUAAACAGUUUAAAUAAGAGAUGUCUUGUUACUAGCAAGUGCCCAGGGAACUGAGGGCAAGGUCACUGUGGACCAUAGGGGCACUAUAGAGAAUGGUUAGGGAAAAUUUAUGGAAGAAGUAGGACCAGAGUGGGAAGUAGGCUCUAGAAGAACAGUUGGAGUUUGGUUGGUAAAAAUGAGAAAAGGCUGUGUUUUCAGAGUAAAGGUAAAGCUAAUCAAAAGAUUACAACACAAUGAAAAAUGAGGUUUGAAAAGGACUAAGGGUUUCUGAGUUGGGAUUCAGAGGACCAUUUCUCUACUGAAUGGAACAAAAGUGCAUGGCACAGCUACUAGAAAUAGGCUAUGUCACCUUCUGGAGAAUUUUUCUGUCCUAGUGGAGACUUCAGGCAAUUGUUUCUCAGUUACAUUCACAUCCACUGGAAUCUCCACGCUAGUCUCCUAGAGGCAUUAGUGACCAUUGGUAACUUUCUGAAACAAACACUGCAUUUGCCUCCCACUGUGGUGAAUGCUGGUGAGGAGAAAGAUAAGAUUCUAAAAGACCAGACUGGUCACAGCAGUAUCCGCAUUUGACAAGAUGCUGGUCAGUAAUGCAGAGAUGUGGCAGUAGUGAUGCUGAAAUGCAGGAAGACGCCAAAUGCCAAGUGCAGGUAACAAGGCAGUGGAGUAGGCCAAGCUUAUCCUUUUCUACCUACCAAACAAUAGAAAGGGAUUUUCGAUAAAUACUUCUAAAAGCUGCAUUUUCUGUUGAAUGUUUCCAUUGAAACUGUGUUUGAAUUGUUACCAAUUUAGCAAACAAUAUUUUCCAAAGGAAAAUCGAAAUCAUUUUUUCAUUAUAAUCAGAUUAAGUUCCAAACAGCAGUAAUUUGAAAACUUUAAUUUUGCUUUUAUGACACAGUAGGCUGUUCAGUUUGCUUUAUGUAGCUUAUAAGUGUGCCUUAAAAAUUAAAGGUGAGGUUUUUUUUAUUUGUUUGAAAACUGAUGUAGUUCUGGUCCUACAGAAAAUUGUCAGUUCAGCAGAUUUCAAGCUUCAUCCCUAGUCCUUGAGGCAGUCAUUAGGACCUUCUAAAUACCACACAAAGAAGAUCAGAGAGCAAAGUUAGAACAGGGGUAUGAAAUGAAACCUAAAGACUGAAGUAGUAUCGCUGUCCUUUGGCUAUAUGGAUUUGAAAGUAUUUCUUGAAUUCUCUUACCUAGGUAGCACAUUAUCCAAGAAUAUGUUCAUAUUGCUUGAAAGGUAAAAUACUACACAAUGGAAGUCAACAUUAAAGUGGGAUUUAUUUCUCUCUUCUGAACUUCUAGAGCAAAUAUUUUAGGCUUGGGGCCAUAUGGUUUCUGUUGCAUCUACUCAUCUCUAAUGUCAUUGUCACACAAAAACAAUCAUAGAUAAUUCAUAAAUAUUCAAAUAUUCCUACUCUUCUGGCAUAGAAAAAAGUCAUUUCUGUUCUCAGGAGACAGAUGUGAGCUAUGCAGAACUAGAAGUAGAUUUUUUUUUUAAGCUCAUAGAUAAAAUUCUCCCAUUCAUUUAGUUUCUCAGAGAAGAACCUGGUCUGUCAUGGUCUCUGUACUGAGUCCUCAGGAAAUUAGUCUGUAACCCUUUUGCUUCAGCUGCACUGGGCUGGUAUAUUUAUACUCAUAUGCUCUGUGUUGUGCUUGCUGAUAACUACAGAAGGUUUAUCUUUCAAAACCCUGCUGGUGGUGGUGAUACAGAUGUAUACCUAAGUAGAAAUUCAUCAAGCUGUAUAAUUUCUGUUUUGUAUAUUUUAUUUAAAAUAAAGUUAGACCUCAAUUAAAAAAAAAAAAACUGUGAAAGAAGCCCAAGUCCUACCCCUUCAAAGGCUUCUGUCACCUCUCCAGCCCACUACUUUUCUCAUAUGUAGCUUUAUAAAAUAGUAGCCAAUAUUGUCUACUGACAUUAUGCCUGGAGUCAAAACUGCUGCUGUCUGAAUCUCAGCAUUGCCACUGAACUUCUCUGUACCUUGGUUUCAUCUGUAAAAUGGCGAUAAUUAUAGCACCUAUUUCAUAGGGUUGUGAGGAUUAAUGAGGUAGUGUAUGUAAAGUAUUUAGGACAGUGCCUGGUAUGUAACGGAGCAUUCAAAUGCUAGCUGCUAUUAUUAUCAAUUUCUAAAUUGAGCUUGCUUCUUAGUUGCUUUUGUACACUGCUUCCACUGAUGCCUGAUUAAAAGUCCUCCAUUCCUGAGGCUAUUGCGGGCGAUGAUAUUUGCAUGACUAAUAUUAGGCACAGUGUACUGCUGGGUAUGUUGACGCCCUAUAUUUUGAUUUUCUGUUGAAUUCUUAUUCCAUAAUCAGUCCAGUUGUAUGUAUUUUACAGAUGAAUGGUGUGUCAGAGUUUCAAGGAAAAUGACAUACUCAGUACCCUAUUAUCUAUUGUAUUAGUUUUUAUUUAGGGAGGUGAUUGGUUUCAUAGAAAGAACCAUGUACGGGAAGUCGAGAGACCUGGAUUUUAGUCUCAAUUUUGCAUUGAUUAGUUUUAUGUCAUAGGGCAGCUCAGCCUCUGUGUCCUUAUUUGUAAAAUGGCAGACUGAUGAUCUCUACUAUUCUCUUCCGGGCUAAUAUUCUUGUUCUCAUAUAUAUGUGAGCAGAUAGUUACUCAGCGUACUGAUUCCUGUAAAGUUAUGGUAAGUGAUUUCCUUGCUAUAAGUGAUUGCUUUAUAUUAAAAAUUAAUUAUUACCUCCUCUGUUUUCAGCUUCGGGCUCAGAAUCAGGUCUUGAAAAAAGGUGUCGUGGAUGAACAAGCAAAUUCUGCUGCUUUAAAGGAACAACUGAAAAUGAAGGAUCAAUCACUGAGAAAACUACAGCAGGAAAUGGAUAGUUUGACAUUCCGAAAUCUGCAGCUUGCCAAGAGAGUAGAGCUACUUCAAGAUGAGCUGGCUCUAAGUGAACCCCGAGGCAAGAAAAACAAGAAAAGUGGAGAAUCUUCUUCUCAGUUGAGUCAAGAGCAGAAGAGUGUCUUCGAUGAAGACCUGCAAAAGAAGAUAGAAGAGAAUGAACGGUUGCACAUACAAUUUUUUGAAGCCGAUGAGCAGCACAAGCACGUGGAAGCAGAGCUAAGGAGUCGGCUGGCCACUCUGGAGAUGGAAGCGGCCCAGCACCAAGCUGUGGUCGAUGGCCUGACCCGGAAGUACAUGGAAACCAUCGAGAAGCUGCAGAACGACAAGGCUAAACUAGAGGUAAAAUCUCAGACUCUAGAAAAGGAGGCCAAGGAAUGUCGACUUCGGACAGAAGAAUGUCAGUUACAGUUAAAGAAUCUUCAUGAAGAUUUGUCAAGUAGAUUAGAGGAAUCCUUAUCAAUCAUCAAUGAAAAAGUACCUUUUAAUGAUACAAAAUAUAGUCAGUAUAAUGCUCUGAACGUUCCAGUCCACAAUAGGAGACAUCAGCUGAAGAUGCGGGAUAUCGCUGGGCAGGCCCUGGCUUUCGUUCAAGAUCUCGUCAAGGGUCUUCUGAACUUUCACACCUAUACAGAACAGAGGAUUCAGAUUUUUCCUGUUGAUUCUGCCAUUGACACUAUAUCUCCAUUGAAUCAGAAGUUCUCACAGUAUCUUCAUGAAAAUGCAUCCUAUGUCCGCCCUCUUGAGGAAGGAAUGCUUCAUUUAUUUGAAAGUAUUACUGAGGAUACUGUGACUGUCCUGGAGACAACUGUGAAAUUGAAAACUUUUUCAGAGCAUUUAACCUCUUACAUAUGUUUUCUUAGGAAGAUUCUUCCUUAUCAGUUAAAAAGUUUAGAAGAAGAAUGUGAAGCUUCCCUUUGCACGUCUGCAUUACGAGCCAGGAAUCUAGAGCUGUCCCAGGACAUGAAAAAGAUGACAGCUGUGUUUGAGAAGCUGCAGACUUACAUUGGUCUUCUCGCCUUGCCAAGUACGGAGCCAGAUGGACUCCUUCGGACAAACUACAGUUCUGUCUUAACAAAUGUUGGUGCUGCUCUGCAUGGAUUUCAUGAUGUCAUGAAAGAUAUUUCCAAACAUUAUAGUCAAAAGGCUACAAUAGAGCAUGAACUUCCAACAGCAACACAGAAGCUCAUAACAACUAAUGAUUGCAUCCUGUCAUCAGUAGUGGCAUUGACAAAUGGAGCAGGAAAGAUUGCAUCUUUCUUCAGCAACAACGUGGACUACUUCGUUGCUUCCCUGAGCUACGGGCCUAAGACAGCGAGUGGAUUCAUCAGUCCUCUCUCAGCUGAAUGCAUGCUGCAAUACAAGAAAAAAGCUGCUGCCUACAUGAAGGCUUUGAGAAAGCCUCUCUUGGAAUCUGUGCCUUAUGAAGAAGCACUGGCAAACCGCCGGGUCCUUCUCAGCUCUACUGAAAGUCGAGAAGGCCUUGCACAACAGGUUCAGCAGAGUUUGGAGAAGAUUUCUAAACUGGAGCAGGAAAAAGAACAUUGGAUGUUGGAAGCACAGUUAGCUAAAAUCAAGCUGGAGAAAGAAAACCAGCGAACUGCAGAUAAACUGAAGAGCACAAGUAGUGGGCAGGCGGUUGGGGUAGCCCAGGAAGGGGCCGCCGUGGUGACCGCUGCGGGCCAGGAAGAUGCGUCUGCCAAGGCUGUGCCGGUGCCCGUUCACAGCACUAGUUUGAUUGGGAUUUUAACCAGGACGUCUGACAGUGAGGCUCCAGAUGUGGAAUCUCGGGAAGACUUAAUUAGAAAUCACUACAUGGCAAGGAUAGUGGAACUGACGUCUCAGCUGCAGCUGGCUGAUAGCAAGUCAGUGCAUUUUUAUGCUGAGUGCCGAGCACUCUCUAAAAGACUGGCCUUGGCUGAAAAGUCUAAAGAGGCACUGGCAGAAGAGAUGAAAGCAGCCAGUCAGAACAACAGCAGACUUCAGGAUGAGCUGACGACUACCAAGAGGAGUUAUGAGGAUCAGUUAAGUAUGAUGAGCGACCACCUGUGCAGCAUGAACGAGACACUAUCUAAACAGAGAGAAGAGAUUGACACACUAAAGAUGUCUAGUAAGGGGAAUUCUAAAAAGAACAAGAGUCGAUAGUUUACAGAGCUGGUUGGUGACUUCUUUGCAGAGCUGCUACUGCUGCGCGGAGCUGCGGGGCCGAGACUCCACGUCCAGGGCUGGCCGCCUUCAGGAAGCUGGAGUGUUGUUGGACCUAGUAAAGUAGUCAGUGUUGUAAAUGGCCUUGAAGUAUUUAAAAUAUAUUUGUAACCAGUAAGGUAAAUCCAGAAUUUGAUGUUGACAGUGAAACGGAAAACAGUACACAUACCAUGGAUAUUGUAGGUUUCCUUAUGCUGUUUUUACUGUGCACUUUUAAAAAUUAGGCUUUAAUUUCAGUAUGUAAGAACAACAAAUAUUUUGUAUAUUUUCAAACUCAGUGAUAUGGUAAUCAAUUUGGUAUCUGUGGAAUAGGUAUGUGUUUCUGGAUAAAAUGCUUAAAUUGUCAAACUGUCAUUAAUUCUUACUGUAAUUGAAAGCAGUUUCCAAUUCUUUUUGAUGACUUGUUCAUUCUCUCUCUCUCUCCCUCCCUCUCUCCUGCUCUCUCUGUCUGUUCUGGAGGGAGUGGGCCUUGAAAACUUCAGAUCUUGUGGGUUUAUUAUCAUUGUCUUCAGCUCUUCAGUACCCUCUCUGUGUUGGAAUAAUAGCUUAAGGAAAUUGAUGUCAAUAAAUUCGUACUUAUAUCAAA